UUAGCGAACAUUACAAGUUUUAGUGAAUUUUGCAACUUGUGAAACUAAAAUACACAGUUCUUUCAUUUUAUUUAAGUUUAAAUUGUUUAGUGCAAGAAUUAAGAAAUUAAUUAAAUUGUAUGUGAUUUAUUAUAAGACUAUCCAAAUUGUGUUGUUUUGAGAUAAAUGAACGGUAAAUAAGUUGAGAAAUACCUAAAAGUUUUGUCUGGUUCUUCUGCACUGCAAUCGACGGCGGCCAUGGAUUGUUCAGUGUCACAAGCAGGUUCGAUUCUGCCAACCCUGCACCAGCCUUGUUCACCGGAACAUCAUUCGCAUCACCCUAACGAUUUGAGAACAUCACCGGGCAGCGUCGAUUGCUAUAGCUCGGAGGGCGAUCAUCCUUUGGCACUUUGCUUGCCCAAUUCGCAAACUUUGGUGCAAGCGUCGAGAACGCCGCCCCCGCCGUGGAGCAUCCCGACGAAGAAAGGCACGCCGGGAUUAAUCUGUGUCGUGUGUGGGGACACCAGCUCCGGGAAGCAUUAUGGGAUUUUGGCCUGCAACGGCUGUUCGGGCUUUUUCAAAAGGUCCGUUAGGAGAAAACUGAUUUACAGAUGUCAAGCCGGAACCGGUCGCUGCAUCGUGGACAAAGCCCACCGAAAUCAGUGUCAAGCUUGCCGUCUGAAAAAAUGCUUGGCCAUGGGGAUGAACAAAGACGCCGUUCAAAAUGAAAGGCAACCAAGGAAUACCGCCACCAUUCGACCGGAAACACUGCGAGACAUGAGCGCUGAACAGGAGCGAGCUCUUCGAGAAGCUGCAGUCGCUGUGGGGGUGUUUGGACCUCCGGUUCCCCUGACCAUGGCUCUGACAUCUGCCCGAUAUUCGCACAAUUUACUGCCCUCGGUGCCGCCGCCGACGCUUCCCAAUAGAGAACCCACCCCCACAAAAGACAACAGUGACAACGAUGAAGAAAGUAUAGAUGUCACCAACGAAGAAGAAGAUACUCCAAGUUCCGGCUGUGGAGUUUCCUCCAGUAGCGGCCCCCUACGACCCGAACCUCAACCUGCGACUGGCCUAACAGCAGGAUUGUACCCCUCAUCCCACGAAACCAUCUACGAAACCUCAGCCAGACUCCUCUUCAUGGCAGUAAAAUGGGCCAAAAACUUGCCCAGUUUCGCCAGUUUACCAUUCCGCGAUCAAGUGAUUUUAUUGGAGGAGGCUUGGAGCGAAUUGUUCCUUCUAAACGCCAUCCAGUGGUGCAUGCCCUUGGACGUUUCCGCCAGCCCCCUUUUCAACAUAAACGAACACGUCAAAAACGGCCAUUCCGCCACCGAUGUGCGAAUUUUGGCCGACACUUUAAUGCGUUUUAAAGCCAUACAUGUCGAUCCGGCCGAAUUUGCAUGCCUGAAAGCUAUCGUACUUUUCAGAUCAGAAACGAGAGGACUGAAAGACCCAAGCCAAAUUGAAAAUCUCCAGGACCAAGCUCAAGUCAUGUUGUGGCAACACUGCAGAACCCAACUUCCGGGUCAAGUCGCGAGGUUCGGGCGACUCCUUUUGAUGUUGCCUCUGCUGCGGAUAGUACCCGCGGCCAGGGUAGAAGCUGUGUUUUUUCAAAAAACCAUAGGAAAUACUCCCAUGGAGAAGGUUCUAUGCGAUAUGUAUAAAAACUAAGUGUUGUUAUCCUUAAUGUUUUCAACGAAAUGUUUUGUAAAAUAAA